ACUGCCGGCUGCUGCUGCCCGGGGUGCGCGCGGGCUCUGCAAAGGAGCGCCUGGCUGCGCGGGAGGCGCCCCCCCCCGCUCCUGGGACCCCCCCCCCUCGCCCUUUGUCCCGCCGCGAAGGCGCCUCCUGGGCCGCUGGGCUGCUUCUCAAACGCCUUCACCCCCAGUUUGAUCCUGACAGUUCAGGAAAAGUUCUGCUCUCCGGAGCUACGGGAAAGUUGAGCCAGAACGUUCUUGGAGAGAAUGGACUUGUUUCCUGAAUGGUGCUUCUGGCUCUCCUGGCUGUUCUAAUUCUGGUGUGGCUGGUUUGGGCCAAGAUGGAGAAUUCCUCCUCUGUGAACCCAAAACAUCCAGAGGUUCAGCCUCUCAACCCAGUCCAGCUGUUCCCUGCAGAAGCUCAGCAGCUGCCACCCAACGAAUCCUCCCUUCCUGAGGCCCAGGUCCCAUCUGCAGAGCCCUCCGUGCCCCCGUUUCCGCUGCCUCCCCCAAGCGCCCAGAGUGCCGUGGAGUCCUCUAAGCAGCCGGAUCACCCUGUUUGCCAGCACAAGCCUCCACUUCCCCAUGCGGACUCUGACUCCACGCCGCCAGCCCAGUGGCCCCCAGCCACCAACGACGCUGCAAGGCCUCUGAGCCGGGUUGGUUGCCCGUCCUCCAGCCCAGCAGUCCGCCAGUUGCAGCCCCUUUCUUGGGACAGUCAGGAGUCAUCGUCGUCGGGGCAGGUCAGCCAGCCUCACGGGAAACGCCAGUCGGGGGCCAAGUUUGUGCUGGGCUCCUUCGAAGACAACUCCUCUGACGAUGAGCUGGUGGCCGGAUCCUUUAAAACGGCCAGCAGGAGGAGGGGUAGCUUGGCCAGCAUCAGUUCCUCCUCCUCCUCCGUGGACUCAUGGUCAUUGUCCUCCCUGACAGAGACAGGAUCAGCCGUCAUCAUGAGGCCCAGCAUGUCAGGGAUGCACCUGGUCAAGAAGGGCCGUGAGCAGAAGAAGCUCGACCUGCACAGGGACUUCACGGUGGCCUCGCCGGCCGAAUUUGUGACUCGCUUUGGAGGGAACCGUGUUAUCGAAAAGGUCCUAAUAGCAAACAACGGCAUCGCUGCUGUGAAAUGCAUGCGCUCCAUCCGCAGGUGGGCUUAUGAAAUGUUCCGGAAUGAGCGAGCAAUUAGGUUUGUGGUCAUGGUUACACCUGAAGACCUUAAAGCAAAUGCAGAGUACAUCAAAAUGGCUGACCAGUAUGUCCCUGUGCCCGGUGGACCCAACAAUAACAAUUACGCCAACGUAGAGUUGAUUGUGGAUAUUUCAAAACGAAUUCCAGUGCAGGGUUUCAAGCCCAGCUCUGGCACGGUGCAGGAGCUGAAUUUCCGCAGCAACAAAAAUGUCUGGGGCUAUUUCAGUGUGGCAGCCGCUGGUGGUUUGCACGAGUUUGCAGAUUCCCAGUUUGGACACUGUUUCUCCUGGGGAGAGAACCGCGAGGAGGCCAUCUCGAAUCUGGUAGUAGCUCUGAAGGAAUUGUCAAUCCGAGGGGACUUCAGAACGACCGUUGAGUACCUGAUCAAACUUCUGGAGACUGAGAGUUUCCAAAAUAACGAGAUCGACACCAGUUGGCUGGAUCACUUGAUUGCAGAGAAAGUGCAGGCGGAGAAGCCAGAUACCAUGUUGGGGGUAGUCUGUGGUGCUCUCAACCUAGCCGAUGCUUUGUUCAGGACAUGUAUGGAUGACUUCUUGCAUUCUCUUGAAAGGGGCCAGGUCUUGCCAGCCGAUUCGCUUCUGAACAUGGUUGAUGUGGAACUUGUUUACGAAGGGCUGAAAUACGCUCUUAAGGUUGCCCGGCAGUCACUUACUACCUAUGUGCUCAUAAUGAAUAAUACCCACAUUGAGAUUGAUGUGCACAGGUUGAAUGACGGGGGACUUCUGCUGUCCUAUGAUGGCAACAGUUACACCACGUACAUGAAAGAAGAGGCUGACCGGUACCGCGUCACAGUGGGCAAUAAAACCUGUGACUUUGAAAAGGAGAAUGACCCAACUUUACUCCGGUCCUCUUCUACUGGAAAGCUGCUGCAGUAUACUGUCGAAGAUGGCGGCCACGUCUACGCGGGUCACAGCUAUGCAGAAAUAGAGGUCAUGAAGAUGGUGAUGAUCCUGGAAGUGGAGGAGUCAGGUGUCAUCCACUACAUGAAGCGCCCCGGCACUCUGCUGGAGGCCGGCUGCAUCAUAGCGAGACUGGAGCUGGAUGACCCCAGCAAAGUCCAUCUGGCCCAGCUACAUACAGGUGGACUCCCUCCGCAGCAGACCCUGCCCAUCCUUGGUGAAAAACUGCACCAGGUCUUCCACAACGUGCUGGAGAACUUGAUGAAUGUCAUGAACGGAUAUUGUUUGCCAGAGCCGUAUUUCAGCACCAAGGUCAAGGAAUGGGUCUGCAAACUGAUGAAGACCCUCCGGGACCCCUCCCUCCCACUGCUGGAGCUGCAGGAGAUCAUGACGAGCAUUUCUGGCCGAAUUCCACCAUCUGUGGAGAAGUCGAUCCGGAAGGUGAUGGCUCAGUAUGCCAGCAACAUCACCUCUGUGCUGUGCCAGUUCCCCAGCCAGCAGAUCGCCAGCAUCUUAGACAGCCACGCAGCCACCCUGCAGCGGAAAUCUGACCGUGAAGUCUUCUUCAUGAACACGCAGAGCAUUGUGCAGCUGGUUCAAAGAUACCGCAGCGGCAUCCGAGGCCACAUGAAAUCUGUAGUGUUAGAUUUGUUGAGGCGAUACCUGCAGGUGGAGACCCAGUUCCAGCAAGCUCACUACGACAAAUGUGUGAUCAACCUGCGUGAGCAGUACAUGCCCAAUAUGACCCCUGUCCUUGAGUGCAUUUUCUCCCAUGCCCAGGUGGCGAAAAAGAACCUCUUGGUGACCAUGUUGAUUGACCACCUUUGUGGCAGAGACCCUACCCUGACCGAUGAACUGAUGGCUAUUCUUAACGAACUCACACAGCUGAGCAAAAUGGAGAACUCCAAAGUCGCUUUGCGGGCCAGGCAGGUACUGAUUGCCUCUCACCUCCCCGCUUAUGAACUGAGGCACAACCAGGUGGAGUCCAUUUUCCUCUCGGCCAUUGACAUGUACGGACACCAGUUCUGCCCUGAAAACCUAAAGAAACUGAUCCUUUCAGAAACCACCAUCUUCGAUGUCUUGCCCACUUUCUUCUACCACUCCAACCAGGUGGUUCGCAUGGCAGCUCUUGAGGUGUAUGUGAGGAGAGCCUACAUCGCCUACGAACUGAACAGUCUGCAGCAUCGCCAGCUAACAGACAGCACCUGUGUGGUUGAGUUCCAGUUUAUGUUGCCUUCCUCCCAUCCAAACAGGAUGUCACUGCCAGUCAGCAUCUCCAACCCAGACUUGGCCCGGCACAGCACGGAGCUGUUCAUGGACAGUGGCUUCUCUCCCCUCUGCCAGAGGAUGGGGGCCAUGGUGGCUUUCGACAGAUUUGAAGACUUCACCAGAAACUUUGAUGAAGUGAUUUCCUGUUUUGCUGACCCCCCCUCGGAGAGCCCUUUGUUCAGUGAAGUGAUUACAAUGCCCACUCGACGAAGACGCAUAAAGCAAGAGUGUCCGAGAGGAACCCAUCCACAUCUUGAUGUUGCUAUUCGGUGGGCCGAUCACUUUGAAGAUGAGGAAUUGGUGCCAGUCUUCAGAACUUUUGCCCAGUCUAAGAACAAUAUCCUUGUGGACUAUGGACUCAGAAGAAUCACAUUUCUGAUAACCCAACAGAGGGAAUUUCCAAAGUUUUUCACCUUCCGAGCACGAGACGAGUUUGCUGAAGACCGCAUCUAUCGCCACCUGGAGCCAGCUCUGGCAUUCCAGCUGGAGCUGAGCCGCAUGCGCAACUUCGAUCUCACCGCGGUGCCCUGUGCUAACCACAAGAUGCACCUCUACCUCGGUGCUGCCAAGGUGCAGGAAGGCAAAGAAGUGACGGACUACAGAUUCUUCAUUCGUGCCAUAGUCAGGCACUCAGACCUGAUUACCAAGGAAGCUUCCUUUGAAUACCUGCAGAACGAAGGUGAGCGGCUGCUCCUGGAAGCCAUGGACGAGCUGGAGGUGGCCUUCAGCAACACCAGUGUCCGCACGGACUGCAACCACAUCUUCCUCAACUUUGUUCCAACGGUCGUCAUGGACCCCUCCAAGAUCGAGGAGUCUGUGCGCUCCAUGGUGAUGCGCUACGGGCGGCGCUUGUGGAAACUCCGGGUCCUGCAAGCCGAAGUGAAGAUCAACAUUCGCUUGAUGCCAACUACCCUGGUCAUCCCCAUCCGCCUCUUCCUCACUGAUGAGUCAGGAUACUACCUGGAUAUCAGCCUUUACAAGGAAGUCAACGACCCCAGGACAGGGAACAUUAUGUUCCAGUCCUACGGAGACAAGCAAGGCCCUCUUCAUGGGAUGCUGAUCAACACUCCUUAUGUCACCAAGGACCUCCUUCAAGCAAAGCGCUUCCAGGCCCAGUCACUCGGCACCACUUACGUCUAUGACUUCUCGGAGAUGUUCCGGCAGGCUCUUUUCAAGAUGUGGGGUUCCACAGACGUGUGUCCCAAAGAUGUUCUUACUUACACCGAAUUAGUGCUGGAUUCCCAGGGGCAGCUGGUAGAGAUGAACAGACUGCCAGGCGGAAAUGAGAUUGGAAUGGUUGCCUUCAAGAUGAAGCUGAAAUGUCCUGAGUACCCUGAAGGCCGAGAGAUUGUCGUCAUCUGCAAUGACAUCACGUACCAGAUUGGAUCGUUUGGCCCCGAGGAAGACCUCCUCUUCUUGCGUGCCUCAGAACUGGCCCGGGCCAAAGGCAUCCCAAGGAUAUACAUUGCGGCUAACAGCGGGGCUCGCAUCGGGUUUGCCGACGAGAUCAAGCAGAUGUUCCAAGUGGGCUGGGUGGACCCUGCAGAUCCAUACAAGGGGUUCAAAUACCUGUACCUGACCCCACAGGACUACACGCGAAUCAGCUCCAUGAAUUCUGUGCAUUGCGAACACGUGGAGGAAGCAGGCGAGUCGAGGUACGUCAUAACUGAUAUCAUUGGUAAGGAUGAAGGCUUUGGCGUGGAGAACCUCAGAGCAUCGGGCACCAUUGCUGGGGAGUCUUCUCUCGCCUAUGACGAAAUUGUCACCAUUAGCAUGGUGACCUGCCGCGCUAUUGGCAUUGGAGCUUACUUAGUGAGGCUGGGUCAGCGAGUCAUCCAGGUGGAAAAUUCUCACAUCAUUCUGACGGGAGCUGGCGCUUUAAAUAAGGUCUUGGGCCGUGAAGUGUACACGUCGAACAAUCAGCUCGGAGGAGUGCAGAUCAUGCACAACAACGGUGUUUCCCACGUGACCGUCCCGGAUGACUUCGAGGGGGUCUACACCAUCUUGCAGUGGUUGUCGUACAUGCCGAAGGACAAUCAUAGCCCGGUGCCUAUUACUGUCACAAGUGAUCCCAUUGAAAGGGAAAUUGAUUUUGUCCCUUCCAAAGGACCCUACGAUCCUCGCUGGAUGCUGGCAGGGAGACCUCAUCCCACCAUAAAAGGAUCCUGGCAAAGCGGUUUCUUUGACCAUGGCUCUUUUGCUGAGAUCAUGCAGCCCUGGGCCCAGACCGUGGUGGUUGGCAGAGCCAGGCUGGGCGGGAUCCCUGUGGGCGUGAUCGCUGUAGAGACCCGCACGGUAGAGCUGACGGUGCCAGCGGAUCCAGCCAACCCAGAAUCGGAAGCAAAGAUAAUUCCACAGGCUGGGCAGGUCUGGUUUCCAGAUUCAGCCUUCAAAACUGCUCAGGCUAUAAAAGACUUUGACCGGGAACGCCUCCCUCUGUUGAUCUUUGCCAACUGGAGGGGAUUCUCUGGUGGGAUGAAAGAUAUGUAUGACCAGGUGCUGAAGUUUGGAGCAUACAUCGUCGAUAGUCUCCGCCAGUUCAAGCAACCAGCUCUUGUUUAUAUCCCACCAUAUGCUGAGCUGAGGGGGGGCUCGUGGGUAGUGAUCGACCCGACAAUCAAUCCUCUGUAUGUGGAACUCUAUGCUGACAAAGAGAGCAGAGGAGGCAUCUUGGAAGCCGAGGGAACCGUGGAGAUCAAAUUCAGGAGGAAGGAUCUGCUGAAGACAAUGGCGAGAAUUGACAGCACUUAUGCUAGAAUUGCUCAACAGCUGGAUUCGCAGGACCUCUCUAGAGAGGAGCGUCAGGGACUGGAAAAGCAGCUGAAAGCCCGCGAGGAGCAUCUCUUCCCAAUCUUCCACCAGGUGGCAGUGCAGUUUGCGGACCUCCACGACACACCUGGGCGCAUGCAGGAGAAGGGCGUCAUUACAGUUAGGUGA